GGCAGCUCACUAGCACUCAGGGCAGGCAGCCAGGCAAAUCAGGAUAAAGCCACUCCCGCCGUGUGAGAGCGUCUUCCUCAGACCUUGGAUUGCACUUUGUAUAAUAUCAGAUCAGGACUUUUUAAUCGUUUUUGGAGAAUUUGGGGGAUUUUCUGUGAUUGCAGAAGAUGCCAGCAGAUAUGAUGGAAAAAAAUUCUUCUUCUCCAGUGGCUGCGACCCCAGCCAGUAUGACCAGCACCCCUGAUAAACCCAAAACAGCAUCAGAGCACAGAAAGUCAUCCAAACCCAUCAUGGAGAAGAGGAGAAGGGCGAGAAUCAACGAGAGCCUCGGCCAGCUCAAAACACUGAUCCUGGAUGCCUUGAAAAAAGAUAGCUCCAGGCACUCGAAGCUGGAAAAAGCUGAUAUAUUGGAAAUGACAGUAAAGCACCUGCGGAGCCUGCAGAGGGUUCAGAUGACCGCUGCUCUGAGCACUGACCCUACAGUCCUGGGCAAAUACAGAGCUGGAUUCAGCGAGUGCAUGAACGAAGUGACUCGGUUCCUCUCCACUUGCGAGGGAGUCAACACGGAUGUCCGGACCCGGCUGCUGGGACAUCUGGCCAGCUGCAUGAACCAGAUAAAUGCCAUGAACUACCCAGCCCAGCUCCAGCCUACAGCCGCCACCCAUCCGGCCUUUGGUCAGCCCAUGAUCCAGCUCCCCGGGGGUACCCCUCAAGCCAGCCCAGCUCCUCUGGGUGGGGUUCCCUGCAAGAUGGGUGGUCCAUCUGUAGAAGCAGCCAAAGUAUACAGUGGAUUCCAAUUGGUCCCAGCCAACGAUGGACAGUUUGCUUUCCUGAUCACCAACCCACCUUUCCCACACAAUGGUUCUGUGAUCCCAGUGUACACCAACUCUGGCGUUGGCACAGGACUGGCCCCUCCAGUGUCCCCUUCAGUCAUGCCCUCAGUUACAGCAGACUCAGUGUGGAGGCCGUGGUGAAACCCCACACAUCACUGACUUUUUACAAAGGACUCUUAGUUACAAAUAGUAAUCCCCAGUUUGUAGCGAAACACCGAUGCACUAUACUGUACAGUGAGAUGUUCAUAUUGAAUCGUGCUCUUGUAUUAUAAGAUUGCAAUUUUAUAUUUCGUUUUUUACACGAAAUUGUUGUUUUUUAUAUGAUGCCAAAGACUUUAAAGUAUGCUCUUAACCUCUUCCUAUUUUUGGAAGAUUUACAUGUAAUUAAUAAAGAAAAAUCAUAUUGUUUUUUAACUUUGCUAAA